AUAGCAACUUCCGGAAAAGCAACGUGUGCUGAAGUCACAUGUGCGCUAGUUCACAGCAGCACGAGAGACACAUGUACUCAGGCAACUUUCGUAAAUUAGAGCUAAAAAUUGUCCUAGAAAAGAUCUGUAUAAGCGCAAGAACGUGUUUUUGUUAAACAAGUAACUUUGUAGGUGUCAGUCAUGGGCAGAAAGUUGGACCCCACCAUCAAGGUGAAAAGAGGGCCUGGACGUAAGGCCAGGAAACAGAAGGGAGCAGAAACUGAGCUGACCAAGUUUUUGGUUGAAGGUAAAACAGUCGUGGGCAGAAAGAAACUUUCAAGCAGAGCGAGAAAACGAGCUGUAAAAAGAGCUCAAGUAACUAAAGAACCCAAACAAGAGGAAAAGCCUAAGAAAGGAUUCUCAGAUGAGAAUAAUAAAUGGCUAAAACCAGCACAGAGGAAGCGAAAGAUUGAACAAUCUGAAGAAGCUGAGGACAGUGACAGCCAGUGGGAAGAUGAUGAUGAUGAUAAUGAAGAGGGCUUUAUUAAUAAGCAAAUGGAGGAAGAGGAUGAUGACGAUGAAGAUAUGGUUGAUGACUAUGGUGCUGAUGAAGGGGAUGAUCAAGACAGCGAUGGAGAAGAGCUUCUGCCAAUUGAGAAAGCUGCAAGAAAACAGAAAAAACAAACCAGCGUGAAACCAGAGAGUGAUGAUGAUGAUGAUGAGGAGGAGGAGGAGGAAGAUGAUGAUGAGGAAAAGGAAGAUUUAAAGGAAGAUGAGGAUGAAGAGGAUACUGUACAGGCAAAUUUUGAUGAAACUGAACAAUUCAAACUCCCAGGUGCAGCAGAUAGAGCGAAGGAGGGUCUUUUACAGAUGGACCUACAGACCAUCCAUCAGAGGAUCAGAGAUAAUGUGGAUGUGCUGUCUCACUUCACUGAGAAGAGAGAAGAGGGCAAGGAGCGAUCGGAGUAUCUCUCUCUGCUGCGCUCUGACCUCUGCACCUACUACAGCUACAACGAGUUCCUCAUCAGCAAACUCAUGGACCUCUUCCCGCUCUCUGAGCUGAUUGAUUUUCUUGAGGCCAAUGAAAUUCAGAGGCCGGUCACCAUCAGAACCAACACCCUGAAAACCAGGAGGAGAGACUUGGCUCAGGCUCUGAUUAACAGAGGAGUGAACCUGGAUCCAUUGGGGAAAUGGUCUAAAGUGGGCCUGGUUAUAUAUGACUCUUCUGUUCCCAUAGGAGCAACUCCUGAAUAUUUGUCAGGCCAGUACAUGUUGCAAGGUGCAUCAUCGUUUCUGCCUGUAAUGGCGCUUUCGCCCCAGGAGGGGGAGUCGGUGCUAGACAUGAGCGCCGCUCCAGGAGGCAAGACCACAUAUAUGGCUCAGCUCAUGAGGAACACCGGCAUGAUUGUGGCUAAUGACGCAAAUGCAGACAGACUGAAGAGCGUGGUGGGAAACAUCCAUCGUCUCGGUGUCACUAACGCUGUCAUCUGCAACUAUGACGGCAGACAGUUCCCCAAGGUGAUGGGAGGUUUCGAUAGAGUGCUUUUAGAUGCUCCUUGCUCAGGUACAGGAGUUAUCUCUAAAGAUCCAGGAGUAAAAACCAGCAAGGAUGAAGCUGAUAUUCUUCGCUCGGCUCACCUGCAGAAGGAGCUCAUCCUGUCUGCUAUCGACUCUGUCAAUGCUGAUUCUCCAACUGGCGGAUACCUUGUUUACUGCACAUGCUCUAUUAUGGUAGAGGAGAAUGAGUGGGUGGUAGACUACGCUUUGAAGAAGAGAAAUGUAAAGCUGGUCCCCACUGGACUGGACUUUGGCAACGAGGGAUUCAUCAGAUUCAAAGAAAGACGUUUCCAUCCCUCUCUCAAACUCUCUCGCCGGUUCUACCCUCACUCCCAAAACAUGGAUGGAUUUUUUGUGGCCAAGCUAAAGAAGCUGUCUAACACCAUCCCCACUGCCCCAAAAGAAACAGAAGAUGAAGUAGAAUCUACAAAAACGGAGACCGCAGCCUCAUCCGAGCAGAUCCAGAAACCAGAAUCUAAGCAACGGAAGCCCUCUUCAACUCCAGAGAAAAGCAACAUGGGCAAGAAGCAGAAAUUAAAACAGAAGAAGUCUGAGCCGCCCAUCAUCAGGAAGAAAGCCGGAGUGAAAUCUGAGAAUAAAAAAUCUGAUGGUCCCAAAAAGGCCAAAAUUCCUAAGUUGGAUGGUGAAGCAUCCAAAAAGAGCAAGAAACCUGACAUAAAGCAGAAGGUAAAGGAACUGAACGGAGAUUCAACAAAAGAGGAGAAGAAAGAGAAAAGCCAGUUGGAGAAGAAGAAAAACAAAAUGGAAAGGAAGAAACUGUUGAAGAAGAAUAUAAACAGAAUGGGGAAAAACAAGUUCAGGAAGUUAAAAAAUGUGCUUGGACAGCAAGAAAGUGGACAGUGAAAUUCAGUCUCGUGCCGCAGUGAAUUGACAUGGGCCUGUGUGCUCAGGACUGGGAUCUGUCAUUGGUUUGACACGAGACAGGAAGUUAAAUCAAUCCGAGCAUGCUGUUAGGGACUCAAAGAUUAUCUCUUAGGAAUGUACACAAUGAUUUUGUGUAUCUAUCUUGCUUCCCAAGACUCUUGUCCACCUUAUUGUUAUCGCUUUACUGUGAGGAUUACCUCAGCCUUGUGGUAUAAAUCUUAUAAAUGUAUAUUUCCUUGUCCGUUUUUAUGGAUUUUGUUUUGAAAAAGAAACAUUUAACUGAAAUACUGCGAAGGAGUGAGUAUGUGGUCUGUUUUUUCUUUCACCUAUUAAAAAGAAAGUUUGAAAAAAAAAAAAAAAAAA